AUGAAGGCGACUCGGGCGAGGCCUCUCAGCCGUGGCCGAUGCGUGGCCACGCCUUGCAACGGCCGGCGCUUCGCAGAUCAGGUCGUGAUGCCGACCCGCAUGCCUGAGGGUGCGCGCGACCUGCUCCAGAGCUGUGCAGCUGGUGCCACCCAGGAGGAGCUGAGCCAGAAGCUAUCUGCACUCUCCAAGUCUUCGAAAGGCGAGCUUGGCGAGGACCAGGUGGAACUCUGGCAGAGCGCUGUGUUCUGGAUCCUCACAGCACCUCACCAGCGGCCUUUGGCGGCUGCCGGAGCACUCCGAGCUCUGGGGGCUGCACUCGCCAGCCAGCCGCCAUCGGCAGAGCUGCACCAAAAGGCCCUGACGUGGCUCCUCGAGGUGCAUGGCUUUUGGUGCCGGGGUCGGGGAGCUGAAGUCGGCGACGCCGCCGACACCGCCACACGCUGGCGAGCUUGCCAUGUGCUUGAUGGCUUCCUGCGCGCACUGUCCAACGAAGGCUUCGCCGACCUCCCGACGGAAUUGCGAGAUGCCUGUGCAAAGAUUCUUCUGGCGCGAUGUGCAGACCGCUGCCAGGACGUUCGCAUUGCGGCUGCCGAAAGCCUGUCCUUCCUGGGCGCCGGAGUGGAGCAGGUGGUUGAGGUUCUGCGGGACCGGGCCACGCAGGACUCUUGCGCUCACGUUCGGGCGGUGUGCAUCGCCGGCUUCCUUUCGAUGAGAGCUCCGCAGGAGUUUGAGGAGCUGGACGCGGAGCUGGUUCUGCGGGCCAGCCUCGACAAGACCUCGCGUGUUCGGCGAAGGCUUUUCACUACCCUUCGGACGCCUGGUGCUCCGGGCCGCUUCGAAGACACCUGGCGGCGGGCAGUGCUCCGUGGCCUCGGAGACCACAACAAAGGCGUGCGUUUGGCCGCAACGCGCUGCCUCGUGUCCGACGUGCUCUCAGAGUCCAAGGGCAGGAUGCCGGCGUUCCUGUCCGAUGCCGACAGUGCAGCAGGUGUGGUGGCGCAGAUCGCCGAAUGUCUGGAGGCCGUCGUCCGCCGGCCGAGUUUGGAGCCAUCAGAGGCUGAGCGGGAUGCCUCGGCAUUGCAGGCGGUGCAGUCCCUUUUGAAGCGAUUCGAUGUGGAGGAGGCUUUGGCCACCAUCGGGGCCAAAUCUACACGCGCCGAUGCCGUGUUCGCGCGACUAACCAUCGAGCUAGCAGCUCGGCUCAGCGAGGCUCCGCCAGCGGGCACGCUGGUGCCGGCAAUUCGCAAGUCCGUGGAGAUCCUGAAGAGCACUGCCGACCCUGACACCGCCGCACAGGCUACCUUCGACCUGUGUCAGCUCUUCCACUCCUCGCAUGUCUCACCGCUGCCUCAUGAGACGUCGGGCCGGAUGGAGAUGGUCGAAAUGGCUGCCGCAGCCAUCAUGGCCAUCCCCGUGGAGGCGGCAGCGACCGGCCGGGUCUCCGGUUUUUUCCCGAACGGCCGAGAGGCUGCAUCGAUGCCGGUGAUGUCGCUGGCUUUUCUGCUUUUUCGCAGAGUCGCCUCUGCCGAUGUGAGCAACUCAAUGCAGCAUCGGGGCAGGAAGGCAGAAAUGGAAGCAGAGGCCACGUUAGCCAUGAUGGCUUCCGGAAUUUAUGGACAGAUCAGAAAGGACGCAGCGGCGGCCGAUCAUCAUCUUAAGAAGCGGGAGAAUGAAAUGGCACAGCUACGACAGGACUUGGAUGACGAGCGCUGGUCGGAACAGGCCCGGCAAAGGCAUGUUCGUGUCGCUGCGGGGCCGAGCACCCAGGAGCUUGAGAAGGCACUCGAAAGGAAGAGGAGCCAAGUGGAGGAGGCUCGUGACUACCGUGACGAGUCUUUCCUGCGAGUGCUGCUGAUGUCCAGCACCUGGCUCCAGUACUGUCACAACUUCCUCUCCCCGUCGCAGUCCAAGUUGCUUGACGAGGUGUUAUUGCCCUUUGUGAACGAGCAAGACCGAAGCGCAGAGUCACAGGUCGCCGCGAUCUACGGAAUCGCCAUCGGCGCAUCGAAGUGCAAGGACCGAACAAGAUCUUUCUGGGACUUCUUCAUUGGCAUCCUGGAGAAGCUGCCCCUCACGGAUCCGUCUGGGCUCGGUGUGGCGCUGCGCCUCGUGGAAGUUGCCAUCCUCUUCGUGUGCGAUGCCCUGUUAAUCCAUGCGGAGGCCCUCCGCGACCGGCGCGUGGAUGCCACGGCCACCCUUGCAAGGACUCUGCGCAUGUUGGACUCUCUUCAGUCCGCGAGUCGCGUCCGCUCCCUGCUUUUGGAUCGUUGCUGCAGCCUGCUUCUCUGGGGGAUCGCGGAAGGCGCCGCGGCUGCGUGGCUGCUGGGCAGGCUCUUGCGCGAGGUCUCUGCAUCGGCGCCGCCCGUGCGCGCCGUUGGCGCAGAGGCCAAAACGGCCGUAGCAGCUCCCGCGCCGGAGAAGGCUUACCUGGCUUUGGGCCUUCCAGCACCGCAGAUUGCGCACGACGCAGAGGACGACUCUAUGGACGACGAGGAGUCAACAGACGCCGGCAAGGCUGCAGAGGACAGGGCAGUGCUGUCCGCCCGCCUGGUGCGCUUCUUUGUCACGCUGCCGACGUUGUCGGCCUUCCACGCCGGACUCCUGGUCGCCGCCGCAGAGGCAUUCUUCGCGACUCGGAUGUAUGCCCCGGGAGCCAGCGACAGCUCCAAGCCCACGCCUCUGCCCUCCGCGCUGCGCGCGGUGCGCUUCGUGGGAGCCCGGCUGCGGGAUGCCAAGGCUGCCCUGCAGUCUUUCGGCGCGGACGCCGUGGCGAUGCAGCUGCAGGUCAUGAGGGCUGUGGCCGGAGCCUUGCUCAGCGGACCGCACGUGGAGGCCAAGGCAAUGACGGAAGUUUUAGCGGCCGGCUUGGUCGUGGCUGCGGAAGGUGGACCACCUUUCGACUGGGCUGGGGAGGAGGCCCCAGAGCUCCGAGAAGCCACCCGCGCGCUGCUUUGCGAUUGGUCGCCGGCCACGACGGCCCAGGCGGCCACGGCGCUGCUGAGUGAGAUCCAUGCUCCGGGCCGGCCCUCCAUAGAAGCGGGUAGGGAAUUCGCGCAGGAUAGCAUUGAUGCGGCAGCUCAAUUGCGCCACGACUUAUCCGCCCUGGGCCUCGAAGCGCCGAUGCCCGGAGUGCAGCUCGUGAGCAAUGCUUCGAACCUGCCGAAGCGACGUGUCGGGUACUGGCAGCCCAGGGCCCCUUCUCCCAAAAGGAAAGAGCAUGAGGAAGCUGAGGAGAGCGACGGGGAGUUUGAUGACGAGGAGGAAGAGCUGGUCAAACGCUGGGAGCUCAUCGACAAGGCAGGGCUGCGCAUUGCCUUGGUGCCCCGCGGGGGCGGGCUCACGGUGGGUCGUCAUCCUAGUUGUGAUGUUUGCGUCUCCCUCCCGGCAGUGAGCGCUCGCCACUGCGUGCUCUCCUGCCUGGCAGGAAGUGGCGACAAGGAGUCCCUGGUCCUCCGCGAUCUCGGCAGCUCCAACGGCACCUUGGUGAAUGGCAUCCACAUCCAGAGCGGAAGCGAACUGGGACUCAGUGGCGGUGACGCGAUUUCGCUAGCAGCCAGCGACGGGUACUCCUUCACAGUCCGGCUCAGCCGUGUAGCACCGUCAGCGACGUCUCCGCCACGGGGCAAGCGCCCGAUGGAAGAGGAGCAUGUGGACGAACGGAACGUGCGUCCACGGACAGAGUCAGAGGAGGCGCCUGACGGCCAGAAGGAUGCCGCUGUGCUCAUCGACAAGGCACCGGCCAUCCGGCGCCGCCUCCGCCGCAAGACGCCCGAUCCAUCCUGGCUCGCCCAGGACACCAGCAAAGAGCGCGUCGAAUCAGAUUUGGACGACGACAUGGUGGAGGUCCAGGCCGAGCCAGCAAGGUCUGCAGCAGUCCAAGCCGAGCCUGGCAUCGAUGAGGUGGCAGUUGCAGUGCUGCAAGCCAAGGAGGCAGCUUCUUCCGGCGUGCCACGCCUGGUGGAUCUCAGCAGUGGGCAGGUAUUCCCUCUUCCGGAAGAUGGCAUUGUGGCAAUCGGCCGUCGCACCGAUUGCGAGGUUGUUAUUCCACGUUCGGUGGUCAGUGGUCGCCAUUGCGUGCUCCUGUGCAAGAAUGGCUGCGUCCAACUCGAGGAUACCAGCUCCAACGGCACCUUUGUCAACGAAACCCAGGUGCCGAAAGGCUUUAGCCUCCCGCAGCGCAUUGCCUUGCGCGACGGGGAUCACAUCUACCUGGCGCAGCGCCAGGGUCCCUCCUUGCUCUUCCUGUCGGCGUAG